AUGAAAUUAGAUACCAAGAGUUUGCGGUACCUCACGCCCGAGGACUGGCGGGUCCUUACAGCGGUGGAGAUGGGAAGCAAGAACCACGAAAUCGUCCCGACGUCCAUGAUCGACAAAAUUGCCCGGCUACGAGGCGGCAGCAGCGGCGUGCACAAGAGCAUCUCGACCCUGGCGAAGGCUGGUCUUAUUGGCCGCAUCAAGGAGGCCAAGUACGACGGCUACCGCCUGACCUACGGCGGCCUCGACUACCUCGCUAUGCAUACGCACUCGCAGCGUGACGUCGUCUAUAGCGUGGGCCACCGUGUCGGAGUGGGCAAGGAGAGCGACAUUGUCAUGGUGGCCGACAAGACUGGGCAACAGCGCAUCCUCAAGAUCCACCGGUUGGGCCGCAUCUCGUUCCGAACAGUCAAGUCGAACCGUGACUACCUCAAGAGACGCCAGGGUGGGUCGUGGAUGUACCUCUCCCGGCUGUCGGCCAUGCGCGAAUACGCCUUUUUGGACGCUCUGCGCAAGGAAGGGUUCCCCGUCCCAGAACCGUUUGCCCAGUCAAGACACACCAUCGUCAUGUCCUUUGUCGACAACGCCCUCCCUCUCCGCCAAGUCUCGGCCGUUCCCGACCCGGCUGCACUGUACGCUGAGCUCAUUGGCUUGAUCCUGCGACUCGCACAGCAUGGCCUGAUUCACGGCGAUUUCAACGAGUUCAACAUCAUGAUCCAGGAGCAGAGGCCCGUGGCCACAGAUUCACAGCGUGACACGGCAGACGGCGCUGAUGAAAAUUUGGCUGUCGUUCCCAUUCUCAUUGAUUUUCCGCAGAUGGUGUCCAUGGAGCACAAAAACGCAGAGAUGUAUUUUGAUCGCGAUGUCGCUUGCGUCAAGCGCUUUUUCGAGCGGCGCUUCCACUUUAUUGCAACGCAGCCAGGACCCUUCUUCAAAGAUGCGAGAGCGACAGUUGGCCAGAAUGGAGCAACGCGCAUCGACAUUGCCGUCGAGGCCUCUGGCUUUACCAAGAAAAUGUCUAAAGACCUGGAAGCAGCCAUUCUCGAGCAGCAGAGCACAGAGUUUUCUGAUGCGGACGAGGACGAUGAGGAUGAAAGCGGAGAAGAAGACGAGGUGGAAGACCAGUAUGAAGAAGACGGAGAGAAGGACGAAAGCAAAGAUACCAAUGACAAACAGCUUGGCGAGGAAGGGAUGCCAAGGUCAGGAACAGCGACUACCGACAUCACAGUAGCUGCGUCUCAUCUAUCAUUAGAUCCAAAAGAAUGA